AUGAACAAUUCAACAUCACCUAAUCACUCAACAUCCUCAUUAGAAGAAUGGGGAAGUUUAUUAUUAAUAAAUCGUAUUGUUUAUCGUGGUUAUUUUCUAUUUCUUAUUAUGGCUGGUACAUGUGGUAAUCUUUUAACUGCUAUAACACUUCUUCGUGUUAAAUUACGUAAAUAUACAACAUGUCAAUUUAUGGCUGUUUGUGCUUUAUUAAAUAUAGGUGUUUUAUUAACAAAUACACUUAAUAUGAUGUUAUCACAAGGAUAUGAUAUACAUUUACGUAGUCAAUUUGAUUUUGCUUGGUGUCGAAUAAAUGCAUUUGUUGCUCAAUGGAUACGUGGUAUGGCAUCAUGGAUACUUGUUAUUGUUGCAUUUGAUCGUUUUCAACAAUCAAAAACAAUUCGACGUACACCAACAAAAAAUAAACAUACUGUUUUAUAUACAAUAAUUAUAACUGGUUUAAUUCUUUUAUUAUUAAAUUUACAUUAUCUUUUAUUUACUGGAAAUAAAGUUGUUUUAUCUGAAAAUACAACAUUUUUAGCAUGUAUUUUUGAUAAAUAUAGUGAAAAUAAUUUUCAAAAAUUUUUUGCAUCAACAAGUACAUGGCAAGAACUUGUAACAUAUAUUAUUCUGCCAUGUAUAUUAGCAUUAAUUCUAAAUAUAUUCAUAAUACAAAAUUCAUUUUUAAGUCCAAUUAAUAAUGAAUAUUUAAAAUCACGAUCAAAAAGUCGUACAAGACGUGUAACAACAAUGUUACUUGCAUCAAAUAUUGGUUUUUUAGCACUGGUUGCACCAGCACAAAUUUUUUAUGCUUUAUCAUUUGAUCCUCAACGUGGUAUGCAAUCUUAUGAUGAAUAUAAAUCAUUUAUAAUACAAGGAAAUAUUUAUCAAUGUUUAAUUAAUACAUAUUAUGCAGCUUCAUUUGUUUUUUGUUUUGCAUCAUCAUCAGUAUUUCGAUGUGAAAUAAGUAAACUUUUAAGUAAACAUUAUAAACCAAAACAUUCACUUGGUAGUGGUACAGGUGAAAUAUAUUCAUCACAUGAAAAUCGACCAUUUAUAAAUCAACCACGAAUUAGUGGUUUUCAUCGUUCAAAUAGUAGUCAAAAUGAUGAUUAUUUAUAUGGAAGAAAAAGUUUAAAACGAGCUACGGAAUCAACGAUUGAAACAGAUGGAUUUACAUAA